AUGCUACGGGGCCUGGCGCUGCUGAAAGAGGCGGAGGUGCUAUGCAGCCUGCCGCCAGAGGAGCAGCUGCCGCCCAAAGACGUGCAGGCACGCUCGCCCGGUCGCGUGCUGCAGAGGCUCCCGGAAGCGAUUCCUUGCAGCCGAGGCAGCUACGCCAGCCAGAAGAAGCCGGGCAGUGCCCGGUGUUUCUGCACUGUGCUCAGCUCCGGCAAGUCUUGGAGCUACAUAGCAGCGCUGGCCAUCAAUGUCGAGCCAGGUCAGAAGGAUGGCAUGCUGGACACCUUCGUGUGCCUGUGGUCGGAUGUCCCGCAGAUCAUCAGCAGGGGCUUCCUCCAGAGCUUGGCGCGGCUCUGCGCCACAGCCUUUCAGCCGGAGAGCGGCUCCUAUUCCUUUGACUGCUUGGCCCAACUGUGGGCCUGGCUGCUGUGCGAGGUGCCCGCCCCACCCAGGGGCUGCGCACUCCAUUUGCACGCCGCCGCAGAGAGCACCGCGGCAAAGCCGAGCGAAAACUGGGAAGAUGACGUGCCCAGCGUGGUCUGCUCCCAUCCGAGCGGAACCGUUUGCAGCGUCCCGGCCUCCCACGUGGCGCUGGGUGUUCUGUUGGAGCGCUUGAGCCUGGAGGAUGCGCUCAUGUGCUGCCGGCUGCUGCUGCUAGAGCGCCAGGUGGUGUUCCGAUCCAGCAGCUGCCAGGUCCUCGUGGCCGCCUGUGAGGCCUUUGCGCGGGUCUUGCUCUUCCCCUUCCAAUGGCGCCACGUCUACUGCCCCAACAGCCCAGUGGGCCGUUUGAAGGCUGCCGGGCCCUGGCUGCUGGGCUUGCGCCGGGAAGUGCUGGAGCUGGGCCCCGCAGCGCUCACCGCGCUGCCGCUGGACGACCACCGCCUCUGCUCAGUGUUCGACCUGGACCUGGGGGAGGCGGACCUGGAGCCGGCGGUGGAUCGCCUGCCGGAGCUGCCGCCCGGCCUGGCGAGCAAGCUGCGGGCGGGGCUGAGCCGCUUGCUGGUGCGGCCCCGCCCCGAGGUGCCAGUGGCCGAGGCGGUUUUCAACAUGGAGCUGCAGAAGGUGUUCUUCGAGUCACUGGCAGUGCUAUUUUCCGGCCUUCGCCAGCACAUGGCACGUGCCGAAGGCACGUGCCGAAGUCACUUUGAUGUGCAGGGCUACGUUCACAGCAAACCAGUGGAGGCACAACCAUUUUGCCGUGCGCUGGCGGAAACCACUGCUUUCCGCGAGCUGUUGCAAGAAAUGGUGCAUGAGAGGCAUCCAUUCGAAGAGGCCGCGGUGCAAGAGCAGCUGUUGCCCGAUAGCUUUGCUGCAAUUGUGGAGUGCCUUGAGAAUGAGGAGGGCAACCAGGGCGAGCAGGGCGUUCUUGGCCAAGACUCCAACUUCAGCCUAACAUUAGAGAAUACCCACGGCCCGUCCUUCCACAGCUGCUUUUCCGACCUCUCGUCUUCGUCUCUCACCUCUGCCGCGAAGCUGUUGCUUUGCGAGGGGCCCUUUGCAUGGCUGGAGCUGCAUCUCCACUUUGGCCCAGUGUCGGAGGUGGGGAAAGGCAGAGUCCUCGCAGAGUGGACGAGACCAGCGAGCUUGGAGCCCCCGAGUCGCAACGGAAAGAGAGGUGCCGCCUCGGGUGUCCAGGCCUUGGUUGCUGCUGUCAAGGCCCAGCUGCUGUGUGAAGGCUCGAGGUGGGCUGAGGCAAUCAUUUCCCAGCUCACUUCUGACAGCAGCUCAUCCGAGCAGCAGCUGGUGAAGCAGUUUGCAGAGCUGGGCAAAGUGGCGACCGCAGGCAAAGAUCACGCUCGAGCCGAGGUUGUUUUUGACAGCAACUUGCCAGCGUGCUUCCGGCCUGCUGAGAAGUCACAAGCUUCCAGCCCUCCACCGGACGGAUCCGCCUCAGAGACAGAGACCCAGGCCGCAGAGUUUGCAGAGUCCGAAGCCUUGCCAAUGGUUUUGAACUCCGCGGUGCGGUGUCUGAGCACACCACGGUCUCCCUGUGCACUGGCUGUGCACUUACUGCGGCGGGCCUAUUCUUGCCUGUACUCCUUGCAGACGGAAACAUUGAAAGCAGAAGUGAAGCUGGCGCGUUCAAAGUCAGAGCUGGGCAAGAAGGUGCGCUUCUCCCGAGUAUCCACCCCGUUGGAGGACAACGGGACCGAGUUCCUGUCCCCGGCGGGCCAGCGUCGGAAGACGCUGAGGAGCAUGACCACAUCCCACCUCUCUCUGAGCCCGAGCAGGAAUUCGGGGCCCCGGUCGCCUUUGUCCCUGUCCCCGGAGCGCGUGAGGGACAGCGGGAGGAAGGGCCGCAGCAGUGACCCCAGCAUCCUGACCUCCCCAGUGAGAAGCCCUCGCAGAGGCAGCAAGGAGAGGUACGAGGCCCCGCAGGCGGUGGAGACCAUGUGCCGGGACUUCUGCGAGCUGCAGCUUUGUCGUCCCGAAGAGCUGGGCCAUGAAGAGCGCAUCUCCUUUUGGCUCAACGUGCUCAAUGCCUCCAUGCUGGCGUGGAUUUGCGCUGCUGCGCCCGGACGGCUGGAGAGCAGCUUGUUUCCCAUGCACGUCUUGCUGAACUUCCUGCAGCGCAGCCUGGUGAACGUCGCCGGCCAGGUGUUUAGCCUCUUGGAGUUGGAGCACAUCGUGCUGCGGGCGCACAGCAAGGCGCCGAAGUUCGGCUGGGUGCAAUGCCCCAAGGGCCGGCCAGGGGAUCCCAAGACGGACAUGGGCCUGGGGCAGGCCGCCCCGGAAGUGAACUUCGGCAUUUUCUACCCCUUACGCUUCGGCUGCGCGCGUCUACGCAUUUACCAUCCCCAGGCGGUGAAUGAAGAGCUGCUUCUGAACUGCGCCCAAUACCUGGUGGAGUCCAUGUCAGUGGACCGCAGGAGGCGGCGUGUGACACUGCCGCCCCUGCUCAAGUAUUACUCGCAGGACUUUGGCUCCUCCCACGCAGCCCUGCUGCCCUUCGCGCAAUCUGUGCUGGAGGCCACCCCCGUGGUCUUGGAGAAGUCUCUGUGGCAAGGCCGCGCCAUGAGCUCGGCGGAGGCGCGGCUGGCGCGGCAGGCGCCGGAGGCGGCGCAGGAGUUGGAGCAGCUCAGGAAAGAGGGCGGCUUCAACACUGUAGCUGUGCACUUCGCGGACUUCAAUUGGCAUCUGGAUGUCCCGGAGGCCUUGGGGUUCACGGAGCCCUGCUGCCCAGAGCUGGAAGACCUGCAUCACAGCCUUGCCCGAGAGAGGCCUUUGAAGGUGGUGCAGCCGCCUGGCCGCCCGGAGCGGCCUGACCUUCGGCGCCGGCGCUACGAGUAG